AUGUACUUCACCAGCUGCUCCAUGGGCUGCCAGCAGGCCAGCUGCACCCCCAGCCCCUGCCAGACGUCCUGCGGCAUCCCCUGCCAGACGUCCUGCUGCGUGCCCGUGACCUGCAAGCCUGCUGUGUGCCUGCCCGUGAGCUGCAAGCCAGUUGUGUGCCUGCCCGUGAGCUACAAGCCCAUUGUGUAUGUGGCUCCCUCCUGCCAGUCCUCUGGGGGCUGCCAGCCCUCCUUCCCCACCCUGGUCUGCAGGCCUGCCCCCUGCGGCACCUCUAACUGCUGCUGA